GUGACGUGCUAGACUUAAAUUCGGCGGGUGUUUGUGUCACUUCAAUGUGAGCUGUCAGAGUCGGCGGACGUUGCUCACUGCUGACCUCCUCGAUGCAGCGGUGGCUGCUUUUUGAGGUUGACUAGUCGGUUCACGCGAGAUAAUGGAAACCAACUCGAGUCCCCCCCAGUCUGAUGAAGAUGCAGCUGAAGAGACUGGACAAGAGAUUGUGAACCCAGAGGCCUACAUCAAACACCCCCUCCAGAACAAAUGGUCCCUGUGGUUCUUCAAGAACGACAAGAGCAAAACAUGGCAGGCCAACCUGCGACUCAUCUCCAAAUUCGACACAGUUGAGGAUUUCUGGGCACUUUACAACCAUAUCCAAUUGUCAAGCAACCUCCUGUCGGGCUGUGAUUACUCCCUUUUCAAGGACGGCAUCGAACCCAUGUGGGAGGACGAGAGGAACAAGCGCGGCGGCCGCUGGCUCAUCACACUCAACAAGCAGCAGAGGAGACAGGACCUGGACCGCUUCUGGCUGGAGACUCUCUUGUGCUUAGUGGGCGAGGCCUUCGGCGACUGCAGCGAUCAGGUGUGCGGCGCCGUGGUCAACAUCCGCACAAAAGGAGACAAAAUAGCCGUGUGGACCGCGGACUACGAGAGCCGUGACGCCGUGACACACAUAGGGAGCGUCUACAAGGAGCGCCUGGGGCUCCCGCUGAAGAUGACCAUCGGCUACCAGUCUCACGCCGACACGUCCACCAAAAGCGGUUCAACCACCAAGAACAAAUUUGUGGUUUGAGGGGAGAUGGCCGAUGUGCCUUCCUGUUUGUUCGCUUGUCUUUUGUGUUGUUGGUUCACGCGUUUACUUUGCUGCAAAGACUUUGUGGAAUGCAAUCUGGAAGAAAGAAAAAUAUAUAUAUACAAAACCUGUCAUAUAAAAAAACAAACCCAAACCGUUACCUGCCCUGGACUCGAACCAUAGAACAUAAAACAUGGACAUGAACAGAUGAACACUAACAAUAAGGUUUAGAAGUAUAAUAAUGGGUGAUUUAGAGGACUGCUUACUUAACUAAAGACAUUUGUGUUGAUUUUUUUUCUUUGUUGACGAAUCCUGAAAUGUUAAAGGUUAUAUCUAUAUAGAUCUCCCAUUUACGACAGGCUUGUUGCUUUGCUUAAUGAAUGAAACCCUUUUUAAUUUAUUUUUAAUUUGCCUACAUAAGAUUAGAUUGUUUAGAACUUUUAUUUUUGCUUCUUUUGCCUUAGAUUGUUGCACUCAAUCGACCUUCAAAAAGCAUUUCAUGACUCGUAUUCAUUUGAGCGUUAAUAUAAUUAAAACAUUGGUUUUGCAAUGAUCAGUAUUUGAACUGUGUAAAACUUUUGCGGUACA